UUCAUUUACCUGGAGCCAAUUUUAGUGACCUCUGGUUUCAUGGCUGGCCCACAGAGAAGCUGGUAGAAUAACCCAAAGGCAAAUGUCAGGAAGGGCAGAAUUAUGCUUCCUUCAGGCCUUCCAGAAAGUCCUUCCUGUCCCAAAUCCCUCCUCUCAGGUGAGAAAGCUGGAGAAAACUCAGGUGUCUCCAAUGGGGAGAGGGCGGGGUCAUGUUCUAUGUUCUGCUAUAAAAAAAGCACAGAACAUCCCAUCCCUCUAUCUGGUUGAUUUGGUGAUACAUUUGGCCAUGGCCUCCAGACAGAAAGGAGGUAGUGGGAGUCCUUCAAGCUGGUUUAAUGCAGAUUGGAGCACCUACAGGUCACUUUUUCUACUCUUUAUCCUCAUGACUUCCGUGAAUUCCAUAGGUGUUUUGCAGUUGGUGAAUCCUGUCUUCCCAGGUACUGUCACUUGCUAUGAAACUAGAAUGGCAGUGGAAUUUCCAAGUGAUUUUGGCACCAAAAAAUGGCAUACAUCUGUGGUGGAUCCCUUUAGUUUUGAAUUGUUGAACUGCACUUACAUCUUGGAUCCAGAAAAGCUCACCUUAAAGGCCCCAUAUGAGACCUGUACCAGAAGAACGCUUGGCCAGCACCGGAUGAUCAUCAGACUCAAGGACCACAAUGCUGCUUCAAGACAUAACAGUUUGAUGUAUCAGAUCAACUGUCCAGUUAUGCAAGCAGAAGAAACCCAUGAGCAUGCAGGAUCCACUAUCUGCACAAAGGAUUCCAUGUCUUUUACCUUUAAUGUCAUUCCUGGCCUGGCUGAUGAAAAUACGGAUACCAAGAAUCCGAUGGGAUGGAGCAUUGAGGUUGGUGAUGGUACAAAAGCCAAAACUCUGACUCUUCAGGAUGUCUUGAGACAAGGAUACAAUAUCCUGUUUGAUAACCACAAGAUCACCUUCCAGGUGUCAUUCAAUGCCACUGGAGUGACUCACUACAUGCAAGGUAACAGUCACCUCUACAUGGUGCCUCUGAAGUUGAUACAUGAAUCUCUUGGGCAGAAGAUCAUCUUAACAACACGAGUGCUUUGUAUGUCAGAUGCUGUGACCUGUAACGCCACACAUGUGACUCUGACCAUACCAGAGUUUCCUGGGAAAUUAAAAUCUGUGAGCUUUGAAAAUAGGAACUUUGCUGUAAGCCAGCUGCACAACAAUGGGAUUGAUAAAGAAGAAUCAAGUGGCUUGACAUUGCACUUCAGCAAAACUCUUAUCAAAAUGGAAUUCUCUGAAAAAUGCCUACCCUAUCAGUUCUACUUAGCUUCACUCAAGCUGACCUUUGCCUUUAAUCAAGAGACUAUAUCCACGGUGCUUUAUCCUGAGUGUGUCUGUGAGUCACCAGUUUCUAUAGUUACAGGUGACCUGUGUACUCAGGAUGGGUUUAUGGACAUAAAGGUCUACAGUCACCAGACAAAACCAGCUCUCAACUUAGAAACCCUAAGGGUGGGAGACUCAUCCUGCCAACCUACCUUCCAGGCUGCAUCUCAAGGGCUGAUACUGUUUCACAUACCCCUGAAUGGAUGCGGGACAAGACCUAAGUUCAAGGAAGGCAAAGUCAUCUAUGAAAAUGAAAUACAUGCUGUCUGGGCGGAUCUUCCUCCAAGCACAAUUUCUAGAGAUAGUGAAUUCAGAAUGACAGUGCAGUGCCAUUACAGCAAAGGUGACCUGCUAAUAAAUACCAGAGUCCAAAGUCUUCCUCCUCCAGAGGCCUCAGUGAGGCCAGGUCCACUUGCCUUAAUCCUGCAAACCUACCCAGAUAAAUCCUACCUCCAACCUUAUGGGGAGAAGGAGUACCCUGUGGUGAGAUACCUCCGCCAACCAAUUUAUCUGGAAGUGAGAGUCCUAAAUAGGUCUGACCCCAACAUCAAGCUGGUCUUAGAUGACUGCUGGGCAACACCCACGGUGGACCCAGCCUCCGUCCCCCAGUGGAAUAUUAUCAUGGAUGGCUGUGAAUACAACCUGGACAACCACAGAACCACCUUCCAUCCAGUUGGCUCCUCUGUGACCUAUCCUUCUCACUAUCGGAGGUUUGAUGUGAAGACCUUUGCCUUUGUAUCAGAGGCCCAAGUGCUUUCUAGUCUGGUCUACUUCCACUGCAGUGUCUUAAUCUGCAGUCGACUGUCUGCUGACUCCCCUCUGUGUUCCGUGACUUGCCCUGUGUCAUUCAGACACAGGAGAGCCACAGGCACCACUGAAGAAGAGAAAAUGAUAGUGAGUCUUCCAGGACCCAUCCUCCUGCUGUCAGAUAGCUCUUCACUCAGAGAUGUGGUGGACUCAAAAGGGUAUGGGGCUGCCGGAUAUGUUGCUUUUAAGACUGUGGUAGCUGUGGCUGCCUUAGCAGGCCUUGUGGCAACGCUAGGCUUCAUCACCUACCUGCGCAAGAACAGAACCAUGAUGUUAAAUCACUAAGGAUUUUCAAAUAAAAUGGUUGAAGUAAGCUACUUGCUUUUUACCUCAUUAACGUUACAUGGAGUGUUCUCUUAUAGUCAUUCUUUAAUGGUAACUGUAGGACCUUUCCACAACCCCAAUGGUGUUUAGUCUGUGGAUGUGAAUAAGGAAAUGUGUGACUUCAGUGCUUACUGUCAACGCAGCCUUUGACGUCCUUAACCAAAACUGGUAGAGCCAGAGAAUUAAACAGUGGCUCUUGACUAUAGAGACAAGUCUUAAACUCCUCCAUUCAUCUAUGCAAGACUAAAAGACAAGAAAUCACCCCUAGUCACUGGCAUGAUUUUCUUUGUCUAGACGGGCAGGGAAACCACGUGUUCCCAAGGAAUUAAUUGAAUUUAUCUAGUGUUCUGCUCCAACACUGCCUAAUGGAAAUUAUUCCUUGAAAAUUUACCUGAGAACUUGAGGUAUUCAGUCACAUUCUUCCCUGUAUUCCUCAUGCAAUUCAAGACCAACAGUCUCCCUUGGAGGGAUAAAAUUAGAAGGUU